AUGGCUGUGGUGCACGAUGAAUUAAAUGAUGCAUCUGCUGCCCUUUUAUUUUACAAACAAGCACUUGAAAUUCAACAAAAAGUUCUUCCUCCUAUUCAUCCAGAUUUAGUCAUUACUAAAAGUAAUAUUGCCAUAUUACAUUUGCAAAUGAAAAAUUAUUCAACUGCACUUUCAAUCUAUCAAGAUGUGCUCGAAAUUCAAAAUAGAUCACUAUCAUUGGAUCAUCAUAGUUUUGUUACUACAUACGGUAAUAUUGGCCAAGUUUAUUAUAUGAUGAACGAUCAUCCCAAUGCAGUGACAUCUUAUCUGAAAGCACUGGAAAUUCUACAGAAGAACCCAACCGCUGAUCGUGUCUCUAUUGCCGAGGCUCAUAGAGAUGUUGCUCUCAUGUACUUUGUCAUGAAAGAAUAUUCCAUGUCAUUACCUUAUUUUCAGAAACUAUUAGACAUUCAACAAGCCUAUCUACCUUUCGACCAUAGUGAUUUAGUUGCUGUUUAUUAUAAUAUUGUGGAGGUACAUGAAGCAAUGGAGAAUUAUUCCGAUGCACUAUUAAUUUAUGAAAAAUUGCUUGAAAUUGAAGAAAAAAAUCAUGCACAAAAUCAACUUUCACUUGCUAGAAUCUACAAUAGGAUUGGUGUAAUCCAUGAUUCAAUGAAAAACCAUGUCAUGGCACUUGAUUUUCAUAAAAAAGCACUUAAAAUCGAUGAACAAUCGCUUGCUCCAGAUGAUGUAUCACUUGCCAGUGAUUAUCGCAACAUCGGUCUGACAUAUUUUGCAAUGAAAGAUUACUCGAAUUCAUUAAUUUAUUUUAACAAACAAUUAACAAUUCAAGAAAACUACCGCUCUUCUAAUGAUCUUGAUCUUGAUCUAGCCGAAGCAUACUAUAAUAUUGCUAACAUACAUUACAAUACGAAGAACUAUCCUGUUUCACUCUCAUACUUCGAAAAAGUCCUUGAAAUUGAACAGAAAAUUCUAGAUUGUGAUGAUCCAAAUUUGGCUGUUACAUACACUAACAUUGGUCAAGUGCAUUUUUUCAUGAAAAAUUAUUCAUUAGCACUAUCUUAUCACGAAAAAGUAUUGAAAAUUCGACAAAAAUCUCUUCCUUCCGACGAUCCUAAUUUGGCUAUCACUUACAAUCACAUAAGUGAAGUGCGGAGCUUCAUGUAA